AUGGCACGCCUGGCCAAGGUGCCGAAUGUCAUGGUGAAGCUCGGCGGCUUCGGCAUGCGCUGGGUGGGCUUCGGCUUCGACGAGCGUCCCACGCCCGCCAGCAGUGAAGAGCUGGCGGACGCCUGGAGACCUUACAUCUCGCACUGCCUCACCCUCUUCGGGGUCGACCGAUGCAUCAUGGAGUCGAACUUCCCGAUGGAUCGCAUCACCUGCAGCUACACCGUUUGUUGGAAUGCCCUGAAGAAGUGCGUGCGGAACUAUUCGUUGGAGGACCGCCAGAAGCUGUUCGAGCUCAACGCCCGGCGUGUCUACCAGCUUUGA